GAUUAAUGAUGGCAGAAGCAGAAAAAGAGUGUAAGCAAAUAGAAAUAGCCGUCCAACGUCACCGGAAGAUGUUGCAUUACGUGACCAAGAAGUGUGUCCCUUUGCUGGAAACAAAGCUAAAGGAAGCGGAUGAAAAGUCUGUCUCGUGGAAGGAACGAGCGCUAAAAGCGGAAGCCAGAGUGGCCCUGUUGGAGCGCCAGCUAGAGGAUAAAGUUAACCAAAUGAACAAUUACAAAAGAUUGUACGAAGGACAGUACCAAGUGAUGAUCAAGAUCGGUUCCGUGAUGGGUGAAAUCGUAUGGAAAUCGUUCAAAAGUCAAUCGAACGUAAAAAUGCUCAUCCAAGCCCAAGAAACGAUGCAAAAGUAUUGUGCACUAACGAAAGGUUUAAUUGAUUCGUUCCUUACCGCGUACGGCGUUAAUCCACCUCCGUUGCAAUCCACGGAACACGUAUUUGUAAUAUCGGUUCUAGGAGCAAUCACGAAUUUGGCAGCCUUUACCGAAGGAAGAGCAUUUCUGGCCCAGCAAGAAGAAAUGGUACAACUGAUGAAAAAGAUGGUACUCGGUCAGGAACAGUGGAGCUGUACACAGUUUCGCUUGAUGAAGCGUAUGGUGCUAACGUUCGCGUACAAUAUGUCGCUGGAAGAUCCGGUUGCUUAUUUCAUGCUGAGCGAGGAAAGGCUUGUCAGUUGUGUUCUUCGUUGUUUGAGUUUGAACGAUCCUACCGAUGUGGUAGCGGUUGCGGUGGCUAUUAUCUAUCGCUUGCUUAGUACAUCGCUUCAGGCAGGGAUCCCUUCGGCAUUGCCAGAAAAGAUUCCGUGGACAAUGAUAAAAACGAUGAAGGACUCUACGGACACACAAUUGGGAGAUAUUGCGACGAGUCUUUUGAACGUCAUGGAGAUCUCAGAGGCUGCUGGGAUCUAG